AUGUCUGCAACAGAUACGCAGCCCAAGGGCUUUGCAUUGGUGCUACAGAAUCCCUAUCUCUGCGGCGUUGCAUCGUUCUCAACCCUGGGAGGGCUGUUGUUUGGCUAUGAUCAAGGUGUCAUCAGCGGUGUCAUAACAAUGGAGUCGUUCGGCGCUCGAUACCCGCGUGUCUUCUCAGACAGUGGGUUCAAGGGCUGGUUCGUGUCGACGCUGUUGCUGGCAGCCUGGUUCGGAUCCUUGGUCAACGGUCCUAUCGCGGACCGAAUUGGUCGCAAGUUGUCAAUCAAUUUGGCCGUCGUAGUCUUUACCAUUGGGUCGGUUAUUCAGUGCGCAGCCAUGAACAUCCCCAUGCUCUUUGCUGGUCGUGCUAUUGCUGGUUUGGCGAUUGGUCAACUUACUAUGGUGGUUCCGUUGUACAUCUCUGAGGUCUCUAUUCCCGAGAUUCGGGGUGGACUGGUUGUUUUGCAGCAAUUAUCUGUUACUCUUGGAAUCUUGGUCAGUUAUUGGAUCGAUUAUGGAACAAACUAUAUUGGUGGGACGCGUUGCGCUCCUGGUAUCCCUUAUACGGGGGGAACGGCAGCUAGACCUGCCUUUGACCCUUACCAUGAUGUUCCUAUGUCUGGCUGCACGGGACAAUCAGAGGCAUCAUGGCGUCUCCCUCUCGCCAUACAGAUUCUUCCGGCGGUUAUUUUGGGGAUUGGAAUGCUCUUCUUCCCGGACUCGCCGCGUUGGCUGUUGAUGAAAGAGCGCGACGACGAGUCGCUCGUUGCACUCUCUAAGCUGCGUCGGCAGUCGAGAGAUAGUCCUGUUCUUUUGAAUGAAUAUCUUGAGAUCAAGGCCUCGAUCAUGCUAGAGAAUACCUUUGCUAGGGAACAUUUCCCUAACUUGUCUGGGUAUAAAUUGCAUGUUGCUCAGUACAUGUCUUUCGUGACGACCUGGUCCCGUUUCAAACGUCUGGCUAUUGGUUGUAUUGUUAUGUUCUUCCAACAAUUUAUGGGAUGCAAUGCGAUCAUCUACUACGCACCCACAGUCUUCGCCCAGCUAGGCCUAGAUGGUAAUACAACCUCCCUCCUUGCGACUGGCGUAUAUGGCAUCGUCAAUUGUCUCAGUACGCUCCCAGCACUAUUCUUUAUCGACAAAGUCGGGCGUCGACCUCUGCUCAUGGCCGGUGCCACGGGAACGUGUAUCUCGCUGGUCGUUGUUGGUGGUAUCCUUGGUGGCUACGGGGCAGGUCUGGUGAACAAUCAAUCGGCUGGAUGGGCUGGCAUCGCCUUUAUCUACAUCUAUGAUAUCAACUUCUCCUAUUCCUUUGCUCCCAUUGGUUGGGUUCUACCGUCUGAGAUCUUCAAUCUCUCAAUUCGGUCCAAGGCGAUAUCCAUUACUACCUCGGCGACAUGGAUGUGCAAUUUCAUCAUUGGACUUGUCACUCCUGACAUGCUCGAAUCAAUCACUUGGGGCACAUACAUCUUCUUUGCGGCUUUCUGUUUGCUUGCACUGUUGUUCACCUAUUUCUGCAUUCCCGAAACACGAGGAAAGACUCUCGAAGACAUGGACCUCAUCUUUGGUGACACAGCCGCCCACGAGGAAAAGAAACGCAUCAAGAAUAUCGAGGCCGAGCUACGCGGAACACCCAUCGAGGAGGAUGACGACUUGGUCAAACCGGCUGAUCAACAUGCAGAGAUUGUCCAAGUGUAA